AGAGCAGGAAGGAAAAGAUUUGUACUUUUCUUUCCUAAAAUCAUAAUAUAUAAAGGAUAUAAAGGAAUGGCAACGCCUCCUCUGGCGGCAACAAUGCAUUUUAUUUUGAGUUGGAUUUAAAAUUCAUAAGAGAAACAUGACUGAGAAUCACCACAAUCACGGUGAAGAGCUUUUAUUUUUAUUUUGAAGCACAACUUCCUGCCACAAGCUGGUUAAUUUGUGGAAGCUUUUCUUCAUCUCGUUGUUAAACCUUUUAAAUCCCCAGGCUGACGCCACCGUUGUGAUACAAGCAUUAUCUUGACUGACAGCAGGAGGAGCCGAGUUGAUUUUAACCCUGAAGGAACUGUGAUAAACACACUGGUAUAUGUCAAUUUUCUUCAUAGCUAACAACGUAGCACAGUAUGUCACUCAAUUAAAUCCCAUUGUUGUUGUGGAAAAUUGAAAAGAAAAUAAAUUAAGUGAGAUUCAUGAUGUAAUCAUGUAAAAUGUAGUUCUCUUUUGUCAACUUCACUUAUUCUUUUAACACAUUAUUACCAUUAUAUUUUAGUAACACAAACUCUCACGUAGAAUCAAACUGAACUUAAAUAACUUGAAAUGUAUUGUGUUGCUUUGCCAAACAUUUUUUAAAUCUAUUCCAUUAUUUUUAGGUUUUAUGAUGCAACAAAGCACUUUUUAAAUCACUGCGCGUCAAUUUGCAAAUGAACUGCUAUUCCAAAACAUAUCGGUAGGUGGCAUCAGCGCACAUGCACCGCCAGAGAUAGCAACCAAAACACUAACGAGGAAGUAAAGAAUCAAAACAGUUAGGGUCUUUGGCAGUUUUUCCCCGAGAUGGGGCUCAUGAAAUUUGGAAGAAAAAUAAAUUUAAAUGUCUGAAAUACUGUAUAAUACAUCGCAAAUAUUUUUACGGUCUUGAUACACUUUUUGAGGAGUAUCGACGAAUGUUAAACUGAGGAAAAGGCAGUUGUUGCUGUUUUACUUCUUAGCCGGUUAGCUUCCCCGUUAGCUGGUUAGCUUUCCAGGCUCGGGAGCAGCUCCAUGGGAAACUAUGGGAUGAACAUGACCAUAUAUAGACCGGACACGGAGCUACCCCGCCGGUGAACUGUAAACUCAUCCUGGAGGCUGACAAACAGCAGGGGCUAAACAUGUCAGCGGACCAGGUUAUAGCCAUCGUGGUGGACGACAAGAUCUACGAGGUGAAUAAAAAGAAGCUGAUCGAGAAAAGCGACUACUUCCGAGCGCUCUACAGCUCCGGGAUGAGGGAGUCCACAGAGGACUCGGUCCAGCUGCAAGGGCUCAGCGUCCCGGGCCUGGAGCUGGUCCUGGAGUUUAUAAACACCUCCAAAGUUCAGGUGGUCAACGAGACCCUGGAGGAUCUGAUCGAGACUGCCUCCUUCCUGCAGGUCACCUCCAUCCUGAAGCUGCUGAGCUCGGAGAUCCGGCCGGAAAACUGUGUGGAGCUGUACAGCCUGUCUGAAGUGUACGGAAUCCACGAUCUGAGGACCGCCUGCCUCAAGUACAUGAGCUGCCACUACCACCCCAUGCUGCGGCGGCCGGAGUUCGGCAGCCUGCCCCCGGCUGUGAGGGACCAGCUCCGGGAGAUGCGCAUGAAGGGCACCGCCACGCUGGUGGUCAUCGGAGACUUCACCUGUCUGUCCUUGGAUGUGCCGGAUCAGGACGAGCCCUGGUCCAUGCUCAGGUACGGGGAGAUGGAGCAGCGCUGGAAGCCGCUGGUCAACAACCUGCCGCCAGACAUGAUCAACGUCAGAGGCUACGGCUCCGCAGUCCUGGAUAACUACCUGUUCAUUGCGGGAGGCUACCGGAUGACGAGCCAGGAGAUUUCUGCGGUGCAUUGCUACAACCCCUGCAGGAACGAGUGGAACCAGGUGGCUCCUCUCAACCAGAAGAGGUCCAACUUCAAGCUGCUGGCUGUCCAGGGGAAGCUGUACGCUGUGGGAGGUCAGUGUCUGGGUACAGUGGAAUGUUACGGCCCAGAGCAGGACUGGUGGACCUGUGUGUCCUCCAUGCCUGAUCCUCUGGCUGAGUUCUCAGCCUGUGAGUGUCAGGGAAUGAUCUACGUUAUGGGUGGAUACACCGCAAGAGACAGAAACACCAAUGUGCUUCGCUACUGCCCCACCUCCGACUCCUGGUCGGUGUUCCAGACGUGUCCGGUUCACAUCCGUAAGCAGCAGAUGCUCUCGGUGGAGGACACCAUCUACCUGGUGGGCGGCUACACCCACCAACUGGAGGCGGGGCGGCGGCAGCGGCGGCCCAGCCAGACGGAGGACGUCCUGUCGGUUCAGUCAUACAACGUGUCGACAGGGGAGUGGAUCCAGCUGAAGGAGAACACGUCCAAGUCGGGUUUGAACCUCACCUGCACGCUGCACAAUGAUGGCGUCUACAUCAUGAGCCGCGACAUUGGGCUGCCCACCAGCCUGGACCACCGCGUCUUCCUCAAAUACAACAUAUUCUCUGACGCCUGGGAGGCCAUCAGGCGCUUCCCGGCUCUGGGUCAGAACAUGCUGCUGUGUUCGCUUUACCUCCCCAACACGCUAUGA